UUCAAGACCCAAUUAGUCCACUGUUAGGAGAAAUGCGCAUGUGUGACAGAGGAACUAGGGCUACGGUCGGACAUCAUUUAGUAGGACACCAUUAGAAAAACUACAUUUAUAAUUCUAGUUUUGUCGCUAGAAAUUUUCUUCCGAUAUUCUUUUAGCUUCAUAACAAUCCGCCGAACUUCUUGAUCUUCUUGAUAGUGUUUAGUUGCCCCAAUUUUUAUGUGAUUUACCACUGAAUAACUUACAAAGGUGUGCCAUGCAUAGACAAACGCGAAUGUGUUCCUAGAGGGCCGGUUAUAUAGAUGCACACAGAAAAGGUUGAUACGAGGAAAUAGCAAAAGAGCCGGUUGAGUAUAGCAGGUAUUAGGAGGAUUUGAACAUUGUGUUUGCUGCAGCACAAUGAAUGGCACAACAUUUCCUCCUCCUGCAUCUGAAGUUGCUGAAAUCAAUCGGAUACAGUAUGAACUUGAAUACACAGAGGGCAUUAACCAGCGAAUGAGGGUGCCAGAGAAACUAAAGGUUGCACCAACAGAUGGUGACCCCAGCUCUGGAAUAAUGUCGGGUUUUAGUCACCCUUCUGUUGCCAUGCAAGUUCCAGAAAGGAUUGUUGUAGCGGGUAACACAGAAGAAGUUCCAUUUGCACGACCAAGAGAUCUGGACCUUAUUCAGGCUACUCCUUUAGAACCGCUAUCAUUAAAGACGCCUCCUCGGGUUCUUACUCUCAGUGAAAGGCCGUUGGACUUUCUAGAUAUGGAAAGGGUUGUACCACCAACACCACAAAGUGAAGAAGUUCGUUCUCAUGGUCGUCCUCGAAGGGAACGUUCAAUGAGUGAAAAUGCUUCUCGUCAGAAUGGUCAGAUGGUCAGAAAUGACUCUGUUAUCACACCAUCCCCCCAACAAGCUCUUGUCUGUCCUACAGUACUGUCAUCCGAAGACGGGCCUAACAUUUAUUCUGCUCGUGGUAUUUUGUCACUAAUCCAGUCCUCCACUCGUAGGGCUUACCAGCAGGUUUUGGAUGUGCUGGAUGAAAAUCGCAGUAGACCAACGUUGCGUGGUGGUUCAGCUGGUAUUUCCUCCUCUAACCCUCUACAUGACCCUGCAAGGUUUGGGAUUUCUGCAAUGGAUUCCACAUUUGAGGGAACUCCUGAAGAUAUGACUGUUGUGGAUGCUGCUGCUUUGAGGAGACAGAUUAUUAAAUUGAAUCGUCGUCUUCAGCUUCUAGAGGAAGAAAAUAAGGAGCGGGCCAAGAGAGAAAUGAUCAUGUAUUCAAUUACAGUUGCUUUCUGGUUACUCAACAGCUGGCUUUGGUUCAGGCGUUAACUACAUACCAGAGAGGCUUGUGCAGACGCCCUCUGAAGCGUUGUCUUUAACAAGGAAUAUUAUACUCAGGCCUCUAUUUGUUUCAUGUUACUGUGUAAGAUUUUGAUCAAAAUGCUAGAAAAAAAUCAUCGGUCUCUUGUACCACUGCCCAAAUGGAUUGCUAGGGAAAACUUUGGAUAUUUCAUUGCUGUUCUUUUUUAAACUCCUGCAUAUUUAAAGUAUAUAUUAUGCAUUAAUGCAUAUUUAAAACUAUAUGUUUAAAUGUAAAUAUGGGAAACAAUACUUUUUUAUUUAAAAAAGGAGAAUGGCUACUUCUAAUUUCUGAUAAAUAUUAAUACUGAAAAAAACUGACUAGAAGCAUGGAAUGUAAUUGAAACUACAAGCUAAUGAAAUAUAUUUUAGACAUAUAUAUGAGAGUAUGGAUUUAUGUCAGAAGAUCAAAAGUUCAAAAGACUGAAAAAAUAUCUAAAACAUUUUUAAUGCAGGGGUAAGCCCCUCUGCACCCCUCAUGUUGAGGGCUGUGCCCCCACAUCCCCAGCCAAUUAUGUAUACCAGCUCCAAGAUCGCACAACAGUGGAGUAGGGACAAAUUACAUUUUCAAUAUUUUGAAUUUUAGAUAUUUUGAUUUUCAGUCUUUUGAACUUUAGAUCUUCUGAAGGGGAGUCGUGAGUAUACAUGUUAGAUGUAUGGAGGUGUCUGCCUGUUGAAGUGUACAUGUUCAUCACUUCAGAUGAGCACAGCCAUAUAUAAAUAUAUGUAAAGGAGUAUUUGGACAUAUCAUUGUAAUUCGGCAAAUCACAAAGGAGCAAAAACAUAUUACAGCAUGUCAUGCUGAGCCCUUGUUUUCUCCCCUUUCUUAAGUAAGUGUGACCUCAGAUUUCAUCUGUAUAUAGAGAGAGGAUACGGGGAGAAGCCCCCUAAAAUAGGAAUCAGAUAUGUCCCCUUGGAGAUAACAAGGUGUCGACAUGGCCCAUUUAGCUGUAAUAUGUUUUGCACCUUUGUGAUAUGUGGAAGUAUAGUGAAAUUAUUGUAGGUGCUUGCACUAAAGCAAGAAGGUGAUUUAAAUGGAAGCUCAGUUACUGUACUGUACUGUUCUGUUAUAGUAUGGACCCGGAUUUCUCUUCAGUGGUCAUUACAAACAUUUUGUCAGUGUAAAUAGAAUGAGAGCAUCUAUCUAAUGCACUAGUGAAAGCACGUGUGCAGGAGAAACCAAACCAUAAUUUUACCCAUAUUUCUUAUUCUAGUAGUGCGUGCGACAUUAAGUGUAUUGAUUUUAUAUUACUUUUCAUUCUAUUGCUGUUUUCUAAACAUAUAUAUUGUUUUGUGAGCCAGUUUGCAAGCACUUAGUAAAGGUGUGUAUAUAUUGUGCGUUUAAUAAAGUACACCAGAAACUGAAAUGUAUCUUGUUGCUCUAACAGAAGAGAUCCCUUUUAAUCCUUUAAGCUCCAUUAAAUUGUUUGUUCCUUGA